AUGGGUGACCUUGACCCCGACCAGCCACAGGCCUCAAACCCUGUCUCAUCCUGGCAAACAGCCCAUCUCCACACGCGUCCCAAGUCAUUUUCAACAGACAUCCUCGUUGUUGGGGGCGGUCUUGGAGGUGUCGCAGCAGCUCUCGGUGCUCUUCGCAGAGGUCGUCGCGUUUUAUUGACAGAAGAAUACGAAUGGCUUGGAGGUCAAUUAACAAGCCAAGCUGUCCCGCCGGAUGAACAUACAUGGGUUGAGCAAUUCGGUGUUACGCGCUCGUAUCGUGCUCUAAGAGAUGGUGUCAGACAAUAUUAUCGCGAUAAUUAUCCCCUUACAGAAGAUGCAAGGAGGAGACCUCAGUUGAACCCCGGUGCUGGACAUGUCAGCAAGCUUUGCCAUGAGCCGAGAGUUGCAGUGGCCGUUAUUGAAACCAUGCUGAUGCCAUUCAUUGGCAGUGGUUUACUGGUCAUCAAGAAACGAGUCAAGGCUGUCUCUUGUGAUAUGCUGGGACAGGUGGUCCAGUCUGUAACAUUUCGAAAGUUGGAUACACCAGACAACUUUACCGUUGAUGCGAAAUAUGUUAUUGACGCGACAGAACUUGGGGAUUUAUUGCCCAUGUCAAAAACUCCUUACGUUACCGGCUUCGAGUCACGAAAAGACACGGGAGAACCAAGUGCACCCGAAGAAGCACAGCCUCAGAACUCACAAGCAGUCUCUAUCUGUUUUGCCGUUGACCACAUCGAAGGAGAAGACAACACCAUACCCAAGCCCGAGAAAUACGAUCAUUGGCGAAAAUGUCACCCUGACUUCUGGGGCGCACCACUUCUUGGUCUUAAAGCGCCUCAUCCUCGAACCCUAGAGAUCGUGGAACGAGAGUUUACACCGAAUCCCAAUGAUGAUCCAGCGUUGGUCAUCUCCGACCAGCGAAAGUCUGGCGGAGACAUGAACCUCUGGACAUUCCGACGCAUUGCGGCCAAGGACAACUUUACGUCUGGGGCGUAUCAGUCAGAUAUCUGUCUUGUGAACUGGCCCAUGAUUGACUACUUCGAGAAACCUAUUAUCGAUGUCUCUGAAACCGAACUACAAGAGCGACUCGCUGAAGCGGCAUCUUUGUCUUACAGUAUGCUGUAUUAUCUACAGACAGACUGUCCCCGCGCAGAUGGCAAAGGCACAGGCUACCCAGGUCUUCGAUUGAGAGGCGACAUCACUGGUACAGAACAUGGCCUGGCAAUGGCACCGUACGUCCGAGAAUCGCGCCGCAUUAAAGCUGUAACAACUAUUGUCGAGCAAGACCUCUCCCUCGACGUCCGCGGCUCCAAAGGUGCAGUACACUACCCCGAUAGUGUAGGUGUGGGCAUGUACCGCAUCGAUCUUCAUCCAUCCACUGGGGGAGACAACUAUAUCGACGUGGCGUGUUGUCCUUUCGAGAUUCCCCUUGGAGCUCUGAUCCCGCUGGAGAGACCAAAUCUGCUGGCUGCGUCCAAGAACAUCGGCACGACCCAUAUUACGAAUGGAUGCUACAGAUUACAUCCCGUGGAGUGGAAUAUUGGUGAGGCCGCGGGUUUGUUAGCGGCUCAUUGUCUAGAUCAGGAUUUGGCACCGCAUGACGUGCAAGGAAAGAAGGAAUUGUUCAAGGAAUUCCAGGACAUGAUUAUUAAAGAGGGUAUCGAGACGGAAUGGCCUGAUAUUUCUGGAUACUGA